AUGAUCCUUUUUUUCUUGGAGGAGCAUGACUUCAGUAAGCAAGUGGCUGCAGAUGAUAAGGUUGUACUGGAUGAUGAAAAAUCUGGGCAAGGUGCUUGUGAAAAGCCUCUGGAAGGAUAUAGUGCCAAAGAAAAAGCAUUAGAGCUUAGGGGCCAGGUGGGAACGACGGAUGUGAUCUCCCAUGAACCCAAAUUAUCUUUUGGAACUGGUGAAAAGAGCUUUGUUUCUGAUGUUAUGUUUGUUUUGCUCAAACUCAAGGUGGAACCAUUGGAUAUCAGGAAACAGGUGCCAAUGGUGGACGAAACGUACGAUAGAUUUAAUCCCACCAGUCCCUUUUAUACCAAUAACCCCGGGAGAGUCCAUUUUGUGGACGAUGAACAUCAUUUUUUAUACCCGAGGAGAGAGAGGGGAACUACAACUAUAGCCUUUAUUUUCAAAGAGGGGGUGAUGAUAGCUGCUGAUCAUUCAUCGGAGUUGUCUGUCCCAAAUGUCAUUUGUGUUAAUAAUCGCAUCGUUGCCACUGUCUCUGGUGGGAGCGAAUAUUUGCUUGAGCGUUUGCAGAGAAAGUGCUGUGCAUAUGAAAAUAUGACGGGGACCAGAGUUUCUGUCGCUGAAGCAGCAAAAUGUCUAGCUGGCACUGUAUCUCCAAGUAUGUCCACUGGAGGUCUAUUGAUUGGAGGGAUGGAUGAAGAGGGCGAGUUUGACUUGUAUUACAUUAACCGUGGUGGGGAACUGAUGGAUGUUAAACUGAAACGGAACCAUCUUGGAAAUUCCUUGAAAUGGAUUUGUUAUGCCACUGGAUCUGGUGCAGUAGGAGCUAUGAUUUACCUGCAGUCCAAGAUGAAGCCUGAUAUGUCUGUGACUCAAGCGAAAGAGGUUGCAAAAGCUGCUAUCUGCUUUACUGCAUUUUCCGCGACUGUGGUACCUUAA